AUGCACGUCAGCAUUGUGACACGGUUACAUCUCAAGCUCCUCGACACCAGUGCGGUGCAGUACAGGAUGGUGGACUUCAACUACAACGUCGCAGGCGCUGUCACGGGCAUCUUGGGGCUCGUACUCCCGUUCCUACUCUUCAUACAGUGUCGCCCACGCCCCAUGCUGAGAGCUCUCGAGGAGGCUCUCUUGGUGCUCGAAAAGGUUUUGAGCGACGGGCGCAAUGAUGGCAUACCGGACGACGAUUUCCCGUUCCAUGGCUGGGAGCAUGUGCAGCGGGAGUUUGAGCAGCAUAAGAAGCACACCCAUCUGCUUCGCAGCGACGUCAACCGGCUGACGUCGUAUUUAUCGGAAGCGAAGGCGAUUCUACGCGGUUUGACAUACCAGCUCUAUAUACGUCGUCGGAAAGUGCUCUCGACGCUAGCUACAGUCUCGGCAGCCGAGCUCCGUGAACGACAGCGCCAACUACUACAUGAGUCGUGUUCUCAAUCUACAAGUUUGACACGUGUCGUCGUCGCUGCACGAUCUUCGGUCGUCGAGGCAUCGAACGCCAACAGUUCUGAAUCAAGCAUAGAAGACAUUGACAGCCUAAGCGAGGUUUCCGCUUCGGGGCCACCCAAGUCGCAGGACGAAGGCACGGCUGUGAGUCUCGAGGAUGGCAAGCGUACACUCGGCAGGAUCACGGUUGACGACAAUUUGAAGGUGCAGCCGGACAAUGCUAUCCGCAUCCCAAGGUCGAAUUGGGCUCGGCUCGCAAGGAUUGACGGUGUUGAAUAUGGAGUUGACCUCGGAUACAGCGCAGAGGCUGUCAAGGACGCUGCCACCGAGAUGGCCCAGGCCGCACUCACGAAAUGGCUGAAAAGUCAGUGA